CACGUACCGAAGUCAAGAUGCUGCCAGCAAUACCAAGAUCCCGCUCAUCGUUAGCCUCACAUCAAGCAAAGAAGCCGCAAACAGCACGCCGAUCGCCCUCUACUGCACAAUCAGUCUCCAAAGCCCAUGCAGACCUUGGAAGUCAAAGACGUAUUCCACUCCUUACCCAAACUAUUUGUCGUGAACUACUGAAAGAGGGACAUGUGCGAUCAUACAUUGAUUUUUUUCGGAUGGUGGAGCUCAACGCUUCGGAGUUCAGCCCGCCUGCUGAAGCGUUGCACGAGCUGAAGCAACUUCUAACAGCUGGUGAAGAUAGCCAGCGUUCAGGUGACCACCGACUGAUCUACGAGUCGCGGAAGAACAUCGCCCGAUAUUUCCGGUCCCUUGGCAAAUUCGACAUUGCGAUGAACUACUAUAAAGAAGCGCUUGACCGAGCUCGACUAAUAUCAAACGACCGAAAUGUAGAAAUUGAAGCGACUCGCAAUAUUGGUGAUGUCCUAGAAAGUGACGGACAAGCUCUCGAAGCAUCUGAUAUGUACGAGCUGAGCCGCACGUUAGCCCGUGACCAAAAUAACCAGGAAGCUGAGAUACUCGCCGCCAAACGUCUUGUUGAUGUCCGAAUGAAAAUCGCCCGCCAACAAGAGAAGAAUGGCGUAUAUAGUGAUGCCAUUGCACACUACAUGCAUUGCAUAAGGAUCUUGCAGGAAAGCAACCCAGAUGAAGAGACUCUUAACGACCUUAACUAUCGCCUUGGAAGUGCUUUUCGACGGAAUGGGGAUAUACCUACUGCAAUAGAGUAUCUGGAAACCUUCUUAGAAAAGGUCCGCAAAUACGGCGACAAUGUGAAAGAGGCGUUGGCACAAGAGGUUUUGGCCUCUUGUUAUGAGGGCACCGGCGAUCUAUCACUAGCCACACAAUACCUUCAAAAUUUCCUCACACUUAGUUCCGCUGAACCCGCUCAAAAGUCUGCACAAGCCCGGGCAUGUCACCAUCUCGGUAUUCUCUAUAACAGAAUGGGUGAUUACAACCAAGCUGUACAAUACUUUGAGCGUCAUUACGAACUAGCUUGUGGUAUUGCUGGGAAUGAGGCAACGGAGGAGGGACGGGCGGUCGCCAUCGACGCCGGAAUGAGAAAAAUUGAAGCUUCGAAGGAGGAACGAUCGGAAGCAGAUGCGACCGUAGCAAUUGAAUCCCCAAAACCUGUCGAACAAGAGAUGGCGAGACCUCUCAACGUGGGCGUCGCCCAGGUUCAGCUAGGUAUCUCCCGGGCGAAUGCACAUAUGGACCAAUUUUUACGAAUCGUGAAAGAUGAGAAAAAAUUGGGAAUAUUGCUGCAAUGGAAAGCAACACAUUCAUUUGAUCUAUUUGCCGAGCGCGGGGAUAGAUCAACGCCAGAUGAAGAAACAUGAUCGUAGAUCGGAUAGCGCAACUACGAACCUCGUCCGCGAAAUUGUAACUACAUCUCACAAGUUUUAUAUUAAUCAGCGCGUUACUAUAUACACAUUCCUAUGAAUCCACCGUCAUAUACCCUUAAACUCUUGCAGGGUAAACAUAGUUUAGCCCUGCGACCCAGCAAGCCGUCGUUUCAAUUCCAC